CUGUGGGUUGGGGCUGGGCAAGGGGGAUGCAGACACCAGCUCGGCUGGACACUCCCUCUGCCUGGCUUCUCACUGCUGCAAAUGACCCAGUUCCCACCAUGGUGUGAAUGUCCAGAGGCCUUGGAGGUGGCUCUGGGCCCUCCUGGACUCACUGCCGGAGGGGGUGGGGGAUCCUUUGCUGUGUGAACAGCCAGGGCUGCUCACCUGGUGGGUCAUUUCCAUCCGGGCUGUGCAGACCUCCCAGGCCUCGCCCUGGGUUGGAGGUGAGGGGGCAAAGGAUGCCGGUCCUGAGUCCCUGGGCUGCCAGGCGGACCCUCCGGGCUGGAAGGCUGAGCCGCUCCUUGAGGAGGGCGCAGGGCCGGAGGCACUGGGGACCCUGAAUGGUGCCCGGCCCCCCGAGGGCUUCCCUGGGACAAACGCCUGGUGGGAGCACAGCGGAGGGCCAGCAGGGGUGGCCGCGGAGGAGAGGCGGUGGGGCCUCUGUGUGCCGACCGCCCUCGGCCGCCCUCGGCCCAGACCAUCCUGGGGCGGGCGCCCCAAGGUCCUGGCCACCGCCCCCUCCGCCGCCCUGCAGCUCGGCCUACGACGCGCGUCUCCGCCAGAAGGUGGCGGUGAAGAAGCUGUCGCGCCCCUUCCAGUCGCUGGUCCACGCGCGGAGGACCUACCGGGAGCUGCGGCUGCUCCGGCACCUGAAGCACGAGAACGUCAUCGGGCUGCUGGACGUCUUCACUCCGGCCACGUCCAUCGAGGACUUCAGCGAAGUGUACCUGGUGACCACGCUGAUGGGCGCCGACCUCAACAACAUCGUCAAGUGCCAGGCGCUGAGCGACGAGCACGUGCAGUUCCUCGUGUACCAGCUGCUGCGCGGGCUGAAGUACAUCCACUCGGCCGGGAUCAUCCACCGGGACCUGAAGCCCAGCAACCUGGCGGUGAACGAGGACUGCGAGCUCAGGAUCCUGGACUUCGGGCUGGCACGCCAGGCGGAUGAGGAGAUGACGGGCUACGUGGCCACGCGCUGGUACCGGGCCCCUGAGAUCAUGCUCAACUGGAUGCACUACAACCAGACAGCAGUGGACAUCUGGUCUGUGGGGUGCAUCAUGGCCGAGCUGCUCCAAGGAAAGGCCCUCUUCCCGGGAAGUGACUACAUUGACCAGCUGAAGCGCAUCAUGGAGGUGGUGGGCACGCCCAGCCCUGAGGUGCUGGCAAAGAUAUCCUCUGAACACCGGUGGACCUCCUGGGAAGGAUGCUGGUGCUGGACAGCGACCGGAGGCUCAGUGCGGCCGAGGCCCUGGCCCACGCCUACUUCAGCCAGUACCACGACCCUGAGGACGAGCCUGAGGCCGAGCCCUACGACGAGAGCGUGGAGGCAAAGGAGCGCACCUUGGAGGAGUGGAAGGAACUCACCUACCAGGAAGUCCUCAGCUUCAAGCCCCCAGGGCCACCGCAGCCCCCAGGCAGCCUGGACGUUGAGCAGUGAGCCGCUCUGGAACUCACGGAGGGGCCCGAGCCUGCCCACCCCGGCUCCACAGCCUGCCGGGUUCCCACCAGGAUUGCCUCCCACCUCAUGACCCCGGCCUGGGACCCCUGGUCUGCAUGCCGCUUCCGUGGGAGUCUGCACACACAUAUGAAUGCAUGAACGUGUGCACGUGUGCACGCUGUGGGCGUAGGAGUCUGGACAGAGCGUCCUGGCCUUCCUUGGUCCUCUCACCGCAUCCCAGCAAGCGGGGUCUCCCUUGGGACCUUACUGUGGAGGCCUGAAUGCCUGAGGGGUCCCCUGGGGAGUGUGUCUGCCUCCAGAUUUCAGUCCCAGUGGGCUGUCUGUUGGGGGUGGUGCACUGGGACCAGGGCCCCCGGAGACUCAAAGGGCAGGGACUCAGUGGUCUGAGCUGCUCAGCCCGGAAGUGGGGGGCUAGCCUGGGAAACGCUGAGACCCAAAGGCCUGAGAGCUGGGCAGGGUCUUCCCCGGGGGGUGGCAGGGCAGGGACAGCCACCAGUGUCACAUCAGACGGCCUGGAGCCACGUGUUUUCCUGUGUUGUGUGGCACAUGCGCCCUAAUGUGUGUUCCUUGUAUUUACAUGGGAAGGUGUGUAUGAAUCCAUGGGCACCCGGGGCCAGUUUGUACUAGCAGGAGGCCCACGUUGGGGUGGCUGUACCUCCCUCCCCACUCCCCAGCGUCUGCUGCCAUUGAGGGGGUGCUGAGGUCCUGCUGUGCACCAUGCGAGGGGCUCAGGUGGGCAAAAGCCAUGGCAUUCUCCUUGGGCUUCUGAAGCCUGAGGGCACAGUGCCAGCUGGGGAGCUGGCAGUCAGGGGGCUGGGGGGAACGCUAAAGGGGCUGGCCCACAUCGAGGCGCACUUGGACCCUGGCCCUGCCACCGAGAGCUGGGGUGCUCUGACCUGUGGGUCGGCCCUGACCCUCCCUCCUUCCAGAAUGGAGCUGACUUCGUAACCUCUGCUCCAGAUGUGGUGGAGGUGUGAGUCUUCUCUGUCCAGGGGUGGUGUCAGGUGCCAGACAGUGGCCUCCUACCUCGUGGGACCCAGGGAGGGCUAAGUGUCCAGUGCCUGCACUUGGUGUCUCAAUAAAGAACAUUUCUUCACUCUG